AUGAUAUUCCUGGAGCUCGUCGACCUUCCCUUGAUACUUCUGGACCAUCUCAAUCGCCCCGGCCAGCUCAGCUUGAAACGAAGGCCGAGGAGUCUCCCUUAUGAUACAGGGCCAGAUGAGAAAGUCACAUAUCCCAUGGAUCACCGGGCUUCUUUAGGCCAUCAGAAAUCAGGGACUCCGCCCACUGCCACAAACAUGCGUCGCGUGGGAAGCUCGGAUCGGCCUUCGUCAGGGGUUACCAAGGAGCAGCAACGAGGAGGCACACCGCCACAACGUCCUGGUCCUGUCACCGUUGCCACUGCUCCGGGACGCCAGGAACUGACUGAUCGCAAUGCAACAACAUUGGCUAUGGAGCGGCAAAGACACCGGAACACAUAUACGGGCUCACCCACCGCAAGCGAAUCGACAGUUCGUGCUCAGGAGGAGCGGGAUCGGGCUGCGCAGGAAGUGGCAUUUGAAAGAGAUUACGUGGUUGUGGAAAAGCGUGCCGUGGAAGUCAAUGCGUUUGCGGAUGAAUUGGCUCACAGUCCACGUCUCCAGGGUGGGUUUACUCGCCCAGGACAGACUGGUACCGGGUCUCGUCGCGCGACAACGCAGUGUCUACCAACGGUGUCGCCAUCUUCUCCACAUGCCAACGCGGCCAAAGCCAUGCAGGUUGUCUCAAAUCGUGCCCGAGCAGAUUCAACGCACCAGCGCCAGCAUUCUUACGAGCGACGCUAUGGACAGAGCCCUACAUCGGCGACCUCAGCAAUCUCGAAAGCACUCAACAUGGCCAGCGGCCGUCUGUUUGGGAUGGGUUUCUCUCCUCCGCUUGCCAUUACGAAAGGUGGACGGUCUCCACCUCUAGCUUACAACCCAUUUCCUGCCUACCCUACUGCGCAAGCGAGUCUCAUGAUCAUGGGUGAAGGUGGAAAGACAAAUAUCACAUCCGACGAGGAUUGCAAGACUGUUCAGGCUAUCGAGGAAUGUGCAACACGGAGUGAUGUGGUUUUUGGAUUUGCCGAAGUCAAAUACAAGCAGCUUGUUCCGCUAGCACCUUCAGCGCCAACUGAUCCAUCUGCGAGACCCAUGGGAAACAACGAUGUUGACUCAGCUGAAUUUGAUGAUGGACUGACAGUCGAUGCUAUUGUCACACUAUCCGAGGAAGCCCUGGUGCUAUAUGUCAAGGCUUUGGCAUUACUCGCCAAGUCAAUGGACAUUGCUGGGGCUUGGUGGUCGCGCAAGAACCGCGAAGAAGCUUACGGCGAGUCACCUUCGAGUAAAGAUAAUAUGAGUGCGGUUGCCGGUACCCGGAUCAACUAUGUCGUCCAAUGGGUACGCAGUCGGUUCAAUGAAGUGAUUGAGAAGGCAGAGUUUGUGCGCAUGAAACUCAUCGAAGGUCAAAGACGCUUGCCCCCAGAUCACCCCAACCACCCGAACAACCAUUCCAUUGGUUCUAGCGCAGGCUCAGGCUCAACCGCAGACGUUGUGGUGAGCGCCGGUGUCACAGCUGAGAGACUUAUGUACGACCGUGCCCUCGAGAUGAGUCGGGCUGCAGCUAUCAACGAGUUGACGGGCGAGGAUCUCGCCAACUGCGAGAUUACAUACGUCACCGCCAUUCGAAUGCUCGAAGCUGUCCUCGAGGACGAUGGGACACGACCUGGGUCCGGCAGUGCCAGUGACCGCCAGAGCAGUUCCCAGCGAAGCGACAAGGUGAUAUUGGAUGACCUUAUGGUCGAGGAUCGGCAAGUCGUCGUCAAACUCGUCUCCAGUAUGCGUGGCCGCCUCGCAUCUGUGCGGAAGAAGGUUGCCGCCUUGUCCAAGCGGUCAUCAUCUUCGACGCCAGUGGGUAGUGCGGGGAAGGUGCCCCCGUCUAAUAUCGUACCUGUGGCGCCUACAACAGGUGUAACACCACCUAGGUGA